AUGGAGAGGUUGAAGUUGUUUGUGCAGUUUGCCCAACCAAUGGUUAGGUAUAGAUUGAAAAGUCCCAUAGCAGAUAUGCCAAAGCAAAAGAGGUACAAGAAUCUACUUAAAGCAGCAGCCGCAGCUGCAAAUGCUUCACAAGACAAGUCCGCAGCAGCUGCAAAUACAUCACAAGUCAAGUCUGCAGUAGCUGCAAAUUCCUCCCGGGACAAGUCCGCAGCAGCUGCAAAUUCCUUCCGGGACAAGUCGGCAACUUCAAAUUCCUCCCGGGACAAGUCAGCAGCUGCAAGUUCCUUCCGGGACAAGUCGGCAGCUUCAAGUUCCUCUCGGGACAAGUCGGCAGCAGCUGCAAGUUCCUCCCGGGACAAGUCGGCAGCUUCAAAUUCUUCUGAGCCAUCAUCAGUUGCUGUAACUAUAUCUGAGCAUCCAUCCGAACCUAAACGUAAACGUGGACGUGAAUCUAAACAUUAUUGGACUGUUGAUGCCAUAGAUGAAUACGGAGAUAGUACACAUCUUCAUUUAUUAGUGAAGGAUGUGCAUUAUUUGCCAGAAGGUUUGCGCAUAGUUGUCAAUUUUGAUAAAGAUUAUGCAGCAAUAGGAGAAGCAGCUGGACUCCUUGCAGGAGUUUGUGGGCAAUUGGCCAUUGAUUGUGUUGCAUUUCCAAUUAGUUUUGACAAGUGGUCAGACAUUCCAACAAGCUUUUUUGAAAAUCAAUGGAAUAUUUUUUUCCUAGCUCGAUUUUGCUUCAAAGUGAGUGAUAACUUGGCCAAACGAUUUUUGCUCCAAUCGCUUGGCAAAAAAUGGAGGGAACAUAGGAUAAAGCUUUGGAAUGAUUUUUAUGAUCCGAGGUUGAGUAAAACCGAGAUCAUAAAUAAUGCACCAGUAGAUAUUGCUCCUGAUCAAUGGGCUUUAUUCGUAGAAUAUCGUUUGAAGCCUGAAACUCAGAAACUUUGUAAGAGGAACCAAGAAAUUCGGCAAAAACAAAUAAUUCCUCAUACUUCAGGUGCUAAAUCAAUUGCAAGAAGAAGGGCUGAAUUGACGGAAGAGACAGGAAAAGAAGUUAAUAGGGUUCAAAUAUGGGACAUCACUCACAAGAAAAUAGAUGGAAGUUAUGUUAAUGAAAAGGCUAAAGAAAUAGCGGAGAAGAUUGAAGCACAUAGCAGCCAACAACCAAUGGAAUUAACUGUUAAUUCUCCUCUUGAUGCUCUUGGAGUAGUUUUUGGGAAAGAGCACCCUGGCCGUGUUCGAGGUUUAGGUAUGGGAGCUAUUCCAACAAUUGCUUUCAAGAACAACACCACAAGGAUUAGUCAAAUGAAUUUAGGUUCUUCAAAUGAUGUUGGCACAUCAUCUACUUGUGGUCCAAAUGUGCAAGAAGAGUUGGAUACCGUUAAAGCGCAAUUGCAAGCGCUAGUAUCCUAUAUUGCUUCUAAGGAAGGAGGUAAAAUUCCAAUACAAUUGGCUGAAAUGUUUCCUACUCAACAAGUUUCACAGAUUGCCUCAGCCAUAUGUGUUGUUCAACUGGGAUUGGAUCAGGAGAGUAAGAUUCCAUCACCAAAAGAGUUAGGAAGUAGGUCUUCUGGAGCAAGCAAUAAGGAAGCAUGA